CUCUCGUCCACCUCUCCCUCUCUUCUUCUCUCCUCUUGAACUUCUCCAGCCUCCGUAUUCACAAGGACCAGAGCUCUUCCCCCAAGCCCUGUUAUACCUCAGCCUUUUAAGAUCCUUGAUACCUCUCCUCGCCACAGACAUGUCUACCCCAGCUUUCAAAUUCUUCCCAAAGACUCAGUCCGAGUUCAAACCUCCCUUGAUUGCCAAUGAGAAUGCUUUCCUCGGCGACGUCUUCACCACCGACGACAGUGAAAAGCCCAUGAGCGCUGGAAUCUACAGAUUAGAAAAAGGCACUCCUCUGGUUUACACUUACACCUACCACGAGACCAAGAUCAUUCUUGAAGGUGAAUUCGACAUCACCGACGAGACUGGCCAGACUGUCCAUGCCGUUGCGGGCGAUGUCUUCUACUUCCCCAAGGGCAGUGUCAUCACCUUCACCACCAACAGCUAUGGCCUCGCCUUCUACACCGGCCAACGUGCUCAAGGAGCUGCCUAGGCUUGACACCAUCAAUGAGCUUUUACAAGUCGAAUCGUUCAGCGUUCAAGAUAGGAUUCACAUGUAGUUCUUCAAAUCCCAAUACUAUCACCCGAGUACACUCCUA